AUGGAUCGCGUUCAACCUUUCAUAGAGGAGUGCUUAUUCACAAAAUGCUUUGAUAACCCUAACAAACCAAUUGAUGAGAAUCGGUUAACACAAACCCUCUUCUUAAUGCCAACCGAUGGUGGGGUUGCAACAAAACUUAGAAAGAAAAACAAGCUUCAGUUGAUUCCAUCUACAAGCGGGGGAGGGGCUCCAGAAUUUAAGCAGGAUAACUACAGAAGUGUAAACAAGAAUUCAAGGGUUAUAUUGAAGGAGUAUUUCAAUAAAUGUAAUCAUGCUUCAAGGAAAGCUAAAAACAUUGCCCACUCCUUGAAAAUUACGAAUAGGGAUCAGAUCUCAAAGAUACUACAAGAAAAGCACUCUGAUAUAUGGAGCAAUUUACCGCAAUAUGACACAUUUCAAGCGAUGUUUGAAGAUAUAUGGUGUCCUUACAUUAGAGAAUUGUUAAAUAUUCCUCAGAAUCAUAAGGUCGGUAACGCUCUAAAUAUCAACGCUCAACAAACACUAUUGAAACUUUCAAUGGCAGAUUAUAAUGGCUGUAAAAUAAGAGUUUCCAAGUCUAAAAACCAUUGUCUUAUUGGCAUAGAAGGUAUUGUUAUAUGGGAUGCCCAAAAAUCAUUCAUUAUAGUAACAAAAGGCAAAAUAACUGAUGAGCUAAAAAGUAUACCGAAAAAGGGUACAACAUUUGAAUUCGAAAUACCUGUAAAUGAAGAAGAGGCAUUAUCAUAUACUAUAUUAGGAGACAGAUUCAAAUAUAGGAGUGUUGAUAGAGCAGGAAGAAAGUUCAAAAGUCGUCGUUGCGAUGAUUUAUUAUUUUACGUUAACGGUAAAUAA